UCUUGUUCCGGGUCGUUCCCGCCUCUUCAGUCAGACCACAACAGAGCGACGGAGUUCCAAUCGGACCUGUCUUUCUCCGGAUGAGCGGACUGUGGGAGCGCUUCUGAUCCGAGGUGAUGGCGGGUUUGGCUCCCGGAGACCCGCAGCUGGUGUCCAUGAUCGUGAACCACCUGAAGACUCAGGGGCUCUUCGACCAGUUCCGGAGGGAAUGUCUGGCAGACGUUGACACCAAGCCAGCGUACUUGAACCUGAAACAACGAGUGGACAACUUUGUCUCCAACCACCUGUCCAAUCACACAUGGAGCCCUCACCUGAACAAAAACCAGCUGAGAAACAACAUCCGGCAGCUGGUCCUGCAAUCGGGGAUGCUGGAGCAGGGGGUGGACCGGAUCGUGGCUCAGGUGGUGGAUCCCAAAGUCAACCACAUCUUCAGGCCGCAGGUGGAGCGGGUGGUCCGGGAGUUCCUGUCCCCGGGCAGCUGCUCCGAGGAGCCGGCGACCCCGUUUCCCCCUCCUCCUCCUCCUCCAGAGACCACCGCAGAUUUCACCCCUCCUGAGCAAGCCUCCUCGUCGACUCCAGCGACCCCUGGCAGCGCUAUGUCCAUCCUGGACACAAUAACGUCUCUCAACCAAGAGGCCAGUGUCAGGGCCACCUCGGCCCCGGAAAAGACCCGCAGGGGCCAGACGCCGGAGGAGUCCAUGCUGCUGAUGGAGGACGGCGAGCAGGACGCGAGCGCCAUGGAGGAAGGAGGCAGUCAGACUGAGGAGAGGCAACACCAAGACGCCCCGGACGCAAAGCCGGCAGCAGAAGUGGAGGCCAUGGAGGUGAAGACGGAGGAGGCGCAGUCAGACAUGGAGCUGGAGGGAGAGGAGCCGACAGAGGAAGUGAAAAUGGAAGAGGAGGAGUCCAGAGCUCAGCCGCAGUUAGAGGAGGAGAGAGAGAAACCUGCAGACAAGAUCAGCAAGAAAACCUCUGAGGAGAAGCAGGAGGAGGAUCCACUGAGAUCCAGCAGCCAGGCCAAGCAGAAGGCUCGGGAGAGGAUCAAAGAAGAAUAUUCUUUGGAGGACUCUGACCUGGAGGGUCUGAGCGACAUCACGGUGAGCUCGGUCCACACCAGCGACCUGUCCUCGUUCGAGGAGGAGAGCGAGGACGAGGAGCUGCCGUCCGAGUCCUCUGAAGAAGGGGAGCUGCCCCCAGAUCAAGACGACAAGAAACACACCGGUGGAGAGACGGGAGACGAGGACAAAGACUGUAAGCCUCGCCGUAAGGCCUACGUCCACAAGCCGUUCCUCUACUCUCGAUACUACAGCGACUCUGACGAUGAAGUCACAGUGGAGGAACGCCGCCGCUCCGCGGCCAAGGACAAAGAGGAGAGACUCCUCAAGAGACAACAGAACCGAGAGCGAAUGGAGGAGAAACGGAAACAGAGAGCAGCACAGCUGGAGGAGCAAGAUUACAAGAAAGAAAAGGGUGGAGACCCUGCCGGGCAGGAGGGCCCCAGAGCCAAGGAGGCUCGCAAGGAGAGGAAGGUCCUGGAGAAGAAGGUGGCUCUGAGCAGGAAGAGAAAACUGGACUCCAGAAAAGAUGGAGACGCUUCAGGGAAGAAGAAAGGAGAUGCAGGAGACGUACCCAAGAAAUCUGAGUUAAAACCUGCUGCUUCAAAGAACCCACAACCUAAACUGAUCAGAAAUCAGUCCGAUUCAUCAUCUUUUGAUGACAGACACAGAAGGACAAGCGGCAGCGUCUCAGAAGAUUCCACCGACGCAAAGAAACUUCCCGACAAACCCCGGACGCACUCCUUCAUCCUGGAGUUGGAGCAAGGCUCCCAGGAGGCACUCAGACAGCGCAGCGUUGGAAAGUUCGACCGCCUGUCCCGCAGAGAAAUCCAUCCCAAGGAGCGGAAAGACAAGGAGCGCAGCCUGUCUGACGAGCGGGCCAAGCUCAAGCUGAAGCAGGAGAAAAGAUCUGAACAUCAGAUGGACGAUCCGCAGCAGAAAGAAGGCACAGCAGGUAAAGUGAGCUCUGAGGAGAGAGGCGAGAAGAAGCCGAAGAUCAGGAGUGAGAAGAAGGUGGCAGGAAGUGCAGAAGAGGUCAAGAAGAUGAAGGCUGCAGCUUCGGAGAGCGCCAAGACAGAGAAGGACAAAAACAAGGAGAAAGAAAAGAUGAAGGAGAAGGGAAAAUGUGAGAAAACCUCUCUUAAAGGUGAUCUGAAGCUACUGUUUCAGCCAGACUCUACCGGCUCCUCUGAGGAUCGAUCCGACAUGGAGCCCGGCUCCGACAGCAGCAAGAGGAAAGACAAACACUCCAAAGAAGGCCCGAAGAGGUCGAGGAGCCACAGCGAGGACAAGCCUGCAGACAAACUCAAGUCAAAAGCAGAGAAGGACGGCGAGAAGGAGAAGGUUAAAGCAGAUCAAGACAAGUCAAACAAGUCGAGCUCAGAACCAGACAAAGACCAGAAAAAGGCGAAAGUUUCAGAAAAGGGAAAAAUCUCCGACAAAUCUAAAUCCAAGUCAAAAGAUGAGCUGAAGACUCUGUUGUUACCCAAAACUGAAAAGAAACUUCAGAGUCCAGAAGUCCGAAGUGCAGGAGGGGGGAGUGCCAGCAAAGCUGAAGCUACGAAGGAGAAGAAGAAAGAACAAGUUAAAGCCCCAGAGGAGCCGUCGCAUGAAAAGACAGAUGUGAAAGGCACAAAGAAGAAGCUGGAGAAGAAGGACAAAGCCUCAGAGAGCAAGGACGAGGGCCAAGAAGACAGAAAAGCACCAAGAGAGGACAGAGCGGAAAGGACGGUUAAAUCUCCAAAGUCUUCAGUUCCUCCUCCGAUCCACGAGACGGACGAGCCGCCCAAGAAGAAAGCUGUGUUCCAGGACACGAGCACCGACUCCGAGCCCGUCACCACCACCGCCACCGUCACCACCUCCUUCUCCGACGACACCUGCGACGCCCUGAGCGACAUCACGCCCGAGCCGCCCGAGGAGGAGGCGGAGGCGCGACUCGGCGAGCUGCCGGCCGAGGCCGACGCCUUGCUGAGCCUCAUGGACGUGUGCACGUCGGCCGAGGCCAGGCUCGGCGCCGGGAGCCUCGGGGAAGACCGCACGCCGGAGAUGGAGCUUCAGGACGCCGACAUGAAGAUGAAGGAGGCCGCCCUGGCGCUGCUGUCCAUGGAUCCCGACAGCACCGUGUCCUCCAGCCUCCUCGGCCAGACCACCAGGGAGGAGCCGGUGGCGGUGGCGGUGGAGGAGGAGCCGAUGGCGGUGGCGGUGGAGGAGGAGCCGAUGGCGGCGGAGGAGGAGUCGGUGGUGGAGGCAGCCAGAGAGGAGGAGCAGCUCCCUCCUGAGGUGCAGACAGCCGCGGAGGCGUCCCCUCCAGCACCUCUGCUCUCUGCUGAAGAACAAACUCACCCUGCAGGUCAGUCUGAGGAAAUACAGAGCACAGCAGAAGUUGGGGUCAUGGAGAUGCCGGCUGUACAGGAGGAGGAGUGUGCCUCAGGUCAACCUCCUCUGAAUAACGAAGCUGCUGUUGCUUCUGAAACACAGCCGGAUGAGAAGGACUCUGCACCUGCUGAGAGAGAAGCAGGGGAAGCUGUGCAGACUGAAGCAGAGCUGAGAGCGGGCUCAGGGGAAAACACCCUGGCUUCAGUUUCUGACUCCACUCAAGAACUUUCACAAAUCUCUGCUCAACAAGAGCCAACCGAACCAGAAGCCGUCAUCACGACGACGAUCCUCACGGCGGAGGACGCCGCCCCCGAGGAACAGCAGGCCGUCGCAGGUGAAGCUGAGGCUGAGGAGCAGGAACCUUCUGCAGAGGAAGCGCAGCCUAUGGAAACUGACGACAACGCUGAGCAGGAACCUGAGUCCAAACUCAUCAAGCAAAUCAGUAACGUGUCGAGCACAGACAGCCAGGAGGAUGAGAAGAACUCAGACCUGUCAGAAAAAGAAGAGAGAGCGGAGGGACGAGGACGCCGCAAACGGAAGCUGUCGGCUCAGAAGGCUCCAGGUGAUGAAAAGGAAAGUAAAGAGCCGCUCUCUGCAGAGGAAGCGGAGUCGGAGAAGGCCGCAGAACUGAAAACACCUCGCAGAGGACGGUCGUCCAGGACAGCAGAGGAGGCGGAGAAGGAGCAGCCGAAGGAGGCGGAGAGGACGGAGGGAACGCCGGGCCGCAGAGGAAGACGCCCAGGAGCUAAAACCAAAGAAGCUGCUGCUGCUGCGGUCUCAGAUAACCCAAACAAAGACGAGAGUCAAGUUGAUGACGGUGCUGCUGAUAAUAACUCAUCACUCAACCCAGAUGAGACAGAAGAGGGAACGGAGGGAGAGAGUGAGCUGAGGAGUGAUGGAUGCGCGGCUGCAGCAGAGGAGGCCGAAGCUGCAGGAAGCGGCGACUCUGAGGAGCAGAUGGACACGGGUCGACCAGCAGUGAAGAGAAAACGGUCAGAAGAUACAGAGGAGCCUGUGGAGGAGGUCCAGACUCAGGAAGAAGUGAAAGACGACAGUGAACAGCCAGAAAACGACGGCGGCGCAGCAGGUCUUCAGGAUCUGAGAGAGAAACCAGAGCAUACUGAGGAGGAGCAGCAGCAACAGGAGGAGCAGCAACCAGAGGAGGAGCAGCAGCGGGAGGGACAGCAGGGGGAAGAAGAGCAGAGGGAGGGGCAGCAGAGGGAAGAGCAACAACCGGAGGAAGAGCAACCAGAGGAGCAGCAGGGGGAAGAAGAGGUUCAACCGGAGGAGCAACAGCCAGAGGAGCAGCAACCGGAGGAGGAGCGGAGGGAGGAGCCAGAGACGCCGAAGAAGCCUGCUCGGAGAGGACGGCCACCCAAAGCCGCAGCUUCAGAGGACCAAGACAAAAAGGAGAAGAAAGAGGAGAAGGACGGUGAACAGAAAGAUGAAGAGGACGAGGAGGAUGAGGAGGGAGAAGGAACUGCGUCCAGAGCCACGACUCGGUUAGCGUCUCGACUGGAGGCUGAAAGAAACAAGCCGUCCACUCGAGCACGUCGCCUCACCGGCAGAGAGGAGCCGGCGGCCGCAGCCACGCGCGGGACGAGGGGCCAGGCGGCGGCGAAGGGGGGCCGCAAGCGCGAGGCCAGCCCCCCCGCGGGGCGGACGAGGGGGGGGCAGAAACCGGAGGAGCCCCCGUCCAAGAGGGGCAGACGCUGAGACCUCCUGACGGCGCUGGACGGUGUUUUUUUACCCCGGCGGGGUUGUUUUUCCUCUCCGCAGUGAGUCCGUCAGCACGUUAGGCCUCAUCCACACACACACACACACACACACACACACACACACACACACACACACACACACACACACACACACAUUAAUGCAGAAUGCUGUGGGUAGUUCAUACAGAUUAACACACACUCGCAGGAACUAUUUCAAGGCGUCUUGCCUUGGUGUCUGGUGAAUUUUGUUUGAAAUUCAUUCUGUGAAUGAAGAAUGAACGUGUUUCUGUUAAUACUCAGAAUUUAGCAGCAGUAUUAAUUUUCAGCAAGAAAAAGGAAAAAAAAACCUGUUCUCUCAGUAAGAUGUUUUUGUUUUUGUAACUCUGUGUGUGUGUGUGUGUGUGUGUGUGUGUGUGUGUGUGUGUGUGUCCACCAUCAUCAUGAAGUUGUCAGCUAAGGUUUACUGCACACCUAAAGACACGGCAGUGAGCCUGCCAGUCGAUACAGAGGGCGACAAAACCCUGAGUGUGUGUCUCGGCUUCUAUAGCAGAUAUGGAGUUGCAGACACACACUCACAGAUUCUCACAGGCACACACACCAUUUAUGUCAUCAACAACAGAUCUGUGCGCACACACACACACACACACACACACACACACUGUGGAGUCCUUCCCCCGUUGCUGUAUCGGCCCCAUGUUUUCUGUCGACGCUCUGCAGUCAUCAGUUCGAGUUUCGUCCCGUAGAUGUAAAAGAAACUCUGCUUUUUUAUUUUUUAAUACUGAAAAAUGUAUUUUUACAUUUGUAUUUAAUCCAUUUCCUGUGUCCAAUAAACGACCCGAGCGUUUCUGAAACUGA